UUAGUCACUAGACUUUAGUGACUAAAGUUUAGUCGCUAAAGUACCCCGUUUGGUUCCAGUGACUAAACCGGACUAAAGAGCAUUAAUUGCUGUGAAUAAUGACUUUUUACCCCUAUUAAUUAAUGAAUGUUUGCUAUAAGAAGAAAGUGGAGAGGACAAAUAAGGUAAAAAUACUAAUUUAGUCCCUUUUAGUCACCUCCUUAGUGACUAAAGAACUAAAGUUUAGUCACCCCACUUUAGUCACCAUGUUUGCUUCUUUAGAGACUAAAAUUGGCUAAACUUUAGUCACUAAACUUUAGUCACCCCAAACCAAAUGGGGCCUAAAAUUAGUUCAUAGAAACCAAACACCACCCCCUUAGCUAGCCAGAUGUAGUAGAAAUUUCUAUAAAUAGAAAAGUAUUGAAAAGCAUCAAUAAUUGCGAGGAGAAUAAUUAAUGUUGGCUAGAGUUGAUCAUGCUGUCCUGCGUGGACCCAGGUAUGAGCAUGCUUGCUUCACCAUACUGCCUGGACUACUAACCAUGUGCAUGCACAUGCAGUCUCAGUUUGCAUUUCCAUCCUUGUUUUGAUGAAACGGAUAAGCAUUCAAUCUUGAUUCCUGAUGAAGUGUGCACAGAAUGGCCCAAGCCUUGAUGGUAGCUUUGUUAGACUACAUUGCAAUUUUUACUUGAAUGACAUGUAUGUUUAAAGGACAAUGGUGAAGAUCAUUCUAAAUGCAUGCAUAUAGAAGCUUUCUCUUCAUUUGGUCAUAUAUUCUUCAAGGCCUGAAAUAUUAGAGAGUUACAUAGCUAAAUGUACUACAUGCCACGUGAAAUGGUACAUUUAACUAGAGUGCACCCCAAUAGGCUUUACAUUGCACUUGCGCAAGUUUUCUCCUUUUCACCAGCACCUAAUUUACCACAGGUGGAACAAAUAGGUAAUCUUCAAGAUGAAAGACAAGAUCGCUACACAAUGGACAAUGCACACAAUAGCUCAAGCUCAUGUGUGCGUUGCAUCCCACAGUCUCAUGCACAUGUUUACUUACAGAAGUUCAUGAAAAGACACGUGCACUUGAGGCUUCUGGAUACUUCUUCUGCCUAGAGGACCGUGCACUACUUUGUAGAGACUGUGAUGUUGCUAUACACACAGUGAAUUCCUUUGUUUCAGUACAUCAGAGAUUCCUGCUAACUGGAGUUCAGGUGGGUCUUGAUCCUGCUGAUCCAGUUCCACCUAUUGCUGAAAAGCAUGUUAAUGCUGUUGGUGGAUCAGUGAAUCAACCAGUGAGACAUCAGCCAAGGAGAAGCCCGACAGUUCAAUUUUCAGUUGAAGGGAGUGCUUCUGUUCCUACCAAAAAUGUAACAAAUGGAGAUUGUUCAAGGCAGAAUUUUGUCCCAACAGCCAGGGCAGAAGUGGUUGAUUGGACUAUGAAUAAUAGUACAAUUCGAUCAGUAGAAUCUCCGCCUAAGUACAUUUCAGAGGAAAGCCCCACACUUCUGCAAUCUAGCCAGACCACAACAGUCUUCUCCAACCAAAUUAAUGGCAAUAGUGAUGGGGCCUACCACUUGUCAUUCUCAGGUGGUAAUGUGACAGACAGCCUACCAGAUUGGCCCGUGGAUGAGUUCUUCAGUAACUCAGAAUAUGGUCCAAACUUUGGCUUCUCCGAGAAUGGUUCUUCUAAGGGUGAUACCGCUAAGCUGGGGGGCGCUGGUGGAUCUCCACAAUGCCGUUUGGCUGAAGGCUCAGUUGCUGAGGAACUAUUAGGGCAGGUGCCUGGAUUGAUCACCGAUGAAUAUAUGGGCCGAGUACCUGAGAAUUCAUGGACAGUGCCUGAGGUUCCCUCUCCACCAACAGCCUCGGGGCUCAACUGGCAUGGGAAUUUGUGUUUCCCUGCGUAUGACAGCACCAUGUUUGUUCCUGAAAUUACCUCCCUCCAGAACUCCCAAAGUCACUUCACCGUACCUUCCAGUUUCAAGCGCCGGAGAAGAGAGUACUAAGAGGCGACAAGAAGAUCACUAGACACCACUGUCCGGUCUAGGCCAUCUUGAGAAAGGCUUCUUGGUGGGCCAAAUGACGAAAGAAAAUAUCCAGGACUGAGUGGUCAUUCAAACAUCAACUGAGCUAUCCAGUAGCCAGGUUUUAAGUGUGUUGUAAUGCUUCAAUGUGUUUCAUUUUCUAAAGACCUGAGCUUCGCUUGUGAUUUGUUCCGAGCUGUACGGUGUCGAUUUUGUGUAUAUAAUAUAAUAUACCGAAAUAAAGGGUACCCAUUAUGAGUAUAUGAUCAUUCCGAAAUAAA